AUGCUGCCCGAUAUAUCAACUUUUCUAGAGGGCACAGAGAAACUAACCGAAGAGCUGAAAGUAAAAGAAGAAUCAUCUGAGGAUGAUUUGAUUCAAGAAGAUGAACCUAAAUAUGAAGAAUUAGAUGAUGAUGAAGAAGAAGAGGAUAUUGAUGAUCAUCAUAAGAUUGAACUUGUUGAUGCUAGUGAUGAAGAUUUUUCUUUUAUAUGUGGAGUACUCACAUCACCGAUAGCAGCAGAAGAAGCAUUUGAUAAUGGUCAAAUCAGACCCUUUUUUCCAUUGUUCAACAAAGAUCUUCUCUUGUCUGAUAUUGACUUUAACAAUUUAAAAAAUCGGCUACCUGUACAUCCACCUGUCAACAAAGUUUUCGUCGAAACAGAAGAUAAUGAUCCUCCGACAACGUCAUCAUCAUCCAACGAGAAUGAAGAAAUCUCAGGACCGUACUGUGAAUGGUCAAAAAAAGCGGUCGAAGCAAAUACAAAUCCAGCUGAGGGUUGUAAAAAGAGCAAUUCCACUGGGUUUUCAAAACUUUGGAGAUUCCGAGAUUUCAUUCGUCGGAGUAACAGUGACGGAAGAGACGCGUUUGUGUUCUUGAAUAACCCUACAACAACGUCGAAGGUCGUUAAGAAAGAAGAAGAAGAAGAAAAGGUUUUGGAGAAGCUGAAAGAGACAAGUAUUAGUGAUGAGGUUAAAGUCAAGAAAGUAAUUACGCAGAAAAAGAAGAAAGUUGUAAAGAAGAGUGAAGCAGUGUUAGCACAUGAAGCUUAUAUGAAGAGUAAAGCAAGAGAUGAAGAACGGCGACGAUCGUAUCUUCCUUACCGGCCGGAGCUCGUCGGGUUUUUCACUAAUGUGAAUGGUGGAUUGACCAGGAAUGUACACCCAUUCUAA